AGAGUCUCUCUCCCUCUGGAAAAUAAAAGGUAGAGGUCCAGGAAGAGAUGUGGCAGGCACCACGCAGUAGAUCAUCUUACAGAGAAUCCAUUAAAACUCUUGAAGCUGAUGUACAACAUGCGAAUAGCCUAGCAGAAGCUCUCCCUAGAGAAUAUGGUGGGGGAUGUCUUCAGAUGAGAUUGUCUUACAGCCCAUUUGCACCUUUCUUUGUAUUUUUAAUUCAAUGGAUGGAUUGCAGUUGUACAGAUACUCUCCCAAGCUAUUUAGGCCUACUUCACAUAAUCAUAGAAAAGGUACAUUUAGAUGGAAUGACAAACAUAUCUUCCAAAGAAAGGGAAGCCACUAUUAAGGAAUUCUAUGCUGUCAUAUAUCCUACUCUUCGGCAACUUGAAGUUGAGUUAACUGAACUGGUGGAUAAGAAUGAGAGAGCUGAAUUUCUGGAAAUGUCGGGAAGGAGGAGAGUCGAAGAGAUGCCGAAGCUUUCCAAUAAUGAUACAGAACGAGAGGAUGAAUGUGGGAUUUGUAUGGAUGCUUGCACCAAGAUAGUCUUGCCCAACUGUAGCCACACCAUGUGCAUCAGCUGCUUCCGUGAGUGGAAUUUGCGGUCUCUGUCUUGCCCUUUUUGCCGAGGUAGCUUAGCAAGAGUUGACUCGAAUGACUUGUGGAUCCUUACCGGCAAUGGGGAUGUGGUUGACACUGUGACUCUUGCAAAAGAGAACCUGAGACGUUUUUAUCUCUACAUUGACCACCUGCCACUUGUAAUGCCUGAAACCCUCUUCUGUAUAUAUGAUUACAUGAUCUGACUGACCUAUGGAAGGAGGAUGACAUAUAGAGUUGUAUAAUGCGACCACCACUUGUACAUAAGUUCUGGUGAGGAGAUAUGUGAAUUGUCAUCCUUAUUCUGAAAAGAAU